GAUGGAUGCAGUGCCAUAAUUUCCAUAAGUUUUGUCUGCCUAAAACUUCGAAAUCAUACUGGACAUCAAUCCCUCAAGAAUAGAGCAAACACUUAACGUCAAGACUAGUAAAAGCCAGCCAACCAGCCAACCCAUCAAUCAACAUGAGCCACUCCGCAGACAUCAACACGGUCUCAAAGUUCAUCUCGCAGGAGGAUAUCCCCGAUCUACGCAAGAUCGAGCCAGUUGACACCAUCAUCUUGUGCGUUUGUUCAGUACUUUUGAGCUGCGAGACCGUAUUUGAAAUUAUCCAGGAACGCCCCGGGAUCACAAAGACCCUCGUCCUCUGCGGCGGUAUCGGACAUUCAACCACCUUCAUCUACGAGGCCGUCGCCCGCCACCCCAGGUUUCGAGCCAUUAUUCCCGAAGUUCAAGGGUUGCCCGAGGCUCAGGUCCUGCUAGCCAUCUUCAACCACUUCUUUGCCCCGGGAUUCACCGCUGAACGGCCGCCCCCGCGGAUUCUGGUCGAGGACCGCUCCGUCACCUGCCACACGAACGCGAGCGAGACCCGCAAGCUCCUCGAGGCGAGCGGGGUGCCCACUCCCGUCUCGGCCGUCGUGGUCCAAGAUCCCACUAUGGUUCGGCGGACGGUCGCCUGUUUCGAGAGGGUCUACGAGGACCUCGCCAACCCGCCCAAGUUCGUUGGCUGUCCCGUCUUUGUCCCGCUUGUCCGGCCGGUUGGCGACGACAAGCUGGUCUACGCAGCACCUGAUAUAGCACCGGAGCUGAUGUGGGAUAUGGAUCGUUUCUUAGAUCUGAUCCUCGGGGAGUAUCCGCGAUUGAGAGACGAUAAAAGUGGAUAUGGGCCCAACGGCAACCACACUAUUGUCCAUGUUGACAUUCCGCCUGAGGUCGAGGAAGCUUGGAAGAGACUUUCUGAAAAGUUUACCACCCUUCGCAGCGUCAAGCUUCAGAACCAAGCUCAGCAUUGAAUGCAGCAAAAACAGGGGUACAUAAUGAAGUGGCUUCGUAGGCCUGAUUUGCGUAACCUUUUUGGACUGGAAGUUGAAGAUAGUCAAUAGUAUGUCUUGAAAUGAUUUUCCUUCAAGUCAAGAUCACAAGAGACACAG